UAUUAUUAAUAGUUCUGUAUUACUACUAAAUUUUUUUUUUUUUUAAAAAAAAAUUCUAUUUUGGUGAGAUCUGAUUUGUGAUAGCAAUUAGAGUUUGGCUAAGGUUCAGGAAGGAACGGGUAGGUGUUGAAUCAAUAUACACCAAAAAAAAAAUAACACACAUUCAGUUUUGUAAAGAAUUUUCCUGUUCUCUUCUUCAAGAACUAUCCGAACUGCAAAUUGAUAUCAGAUCGUACUUUAUAGAAUGCCGUUCGAGUUUAAUAAGGAGGAGAUUCUUCCUGCAAGUGAUCCACAGCUGCCCUUUUAUCUCAACGUCCCCAAACCAGAUGCCACCCCCAUCGAUGAUCUUUUGUUUUAUUUCAAAUGUUGGAAGAAGUUUAUAAAAUCAUUAAUAUAUUACUUAAAGGAGAUUGCCUUGGUUAAGGAUUACACAUCACGGAUCAAUCUUCAAUUGAUAAACUCCGUACUUUUCCCCGGAGUUAUGAAUCUUCCAUUGAAGUAUAUGACUGAGGUGAAUGCAAUGAUGCCACCGAACGGAGCCACCGGAGGCGCUAAGGAGGUGAAGAAGACAUCCCUGGGCAAUUCUCUAGUCUAUAUGAAUAAGAAUCACAACCAUUCAGCUUCUGAUUUAACUCCUGCGAUGUCUCGGCCGAGCUUAUUCAAGACUAAAUCCAAUCAAUCAUUCUUAAAACCUUCCCAUACAAAGUCUGAUAAAGAUCAUUUCCAUCUUCAUUCAAGAAAUCUGUCGUUUGGAACUUUUUCAUUUGGACAUCUGGACGAAAAGGAGAAGGAUAAAGACGCGUCGAACAAUGCUGCUGGGCACUUGGGAACACCACCAAAUGCACAACUGUCAUCAAGUGGUGGUGUUACCACUUCCUCUGCCACCAGUCCCGCUGGAACUUCGGGAAAUAGUGGCUCAUCCUUUUCCCAAGCGGUAAAGGCCAAGCAUUAUAAUGAUGACAUCCAAGUGCCUAAGAAUUUUUUCAAUCCUGAAACUUCACUUUUCCCCAACUUGCCCCAUCUUUUGGUUAAUGAUCAUUUCCAAACAUUCCAAGGAGAAACUAAAACAUUUAAAGAAGUAAACAAUAAAUUAGUAUUAAGAUUGGAGAGUCUUUUGAAAAACUUAUCUCUCAAAAUCAAAGAAAUUAAGUCAAGUUUGAAAAAUGAUAGUUUUGCUAACCCAACCAUCGUCAAAGAAAUCUCUCAAACCGGGAAAAUCUUGAAAGCAUACAUGAUGUGCGUAGAAAGAUAUAGUGAUACCAAGCCAGUUUUGAAGAAGAUUGAUCUGACUGCCGAGGAAGAAUUGGGCGCUGUAUUGGAUGAUCCAUUCCUCUUGAAAUUACAAGUGGAUUCACAAUUGAAGGCUUUAUUAGUACAAGAGAAUUAUGGUUUCGCAGCAUAUGUAAACUUGCAAAACAUUGCUCGUGACUUGUCCAACUAUGUUUUGAAAGAUUUGAAAUUUAUUACAAAUAAAUUCGGCAAAUUGAUUGAUCUGGAGAAAUGUUACACAGAUCAGUCGAUUACUGCCUUGUAUAACCUGUUGGUGAAGUUUACAAAUACAACAAAACCAGUAGAUGAAUGGAAUUACUUUAUUGCGAACAAUGAAAACUUUAUCAACACAAACCCGGACAUCUCUGGAACAAACAAAUACAAGACUUUACGUUCAAUAUCCAAGGUGACACUCCCAUACCUGAACUCUAUACACAACAAAUGCAUCCGAAACGGGAAAAUCUACAAGAAGCUGAAGAUCUUGAAGAAUUAUAAUGUUUUCUAUUACGUUCUCACGUGUAAUUAUCUCCAUGAGUUCAAAAUCCCUGAAGAAAUCAAAAGAGACAAGUCGAAAAUAGGCGGAAUUGUAGGACCACAGGAUGUACCUGAAAAGUCUUACAAUUUGAAUGAUUUUAUGUUGAAAUCAAAGAGUGAAGACAAAUUCAUUUUGCAACUGAUUUCAAACAAGUCAACUAAAUAUACUUUUAAAUGUAGUACUGAUACAGAAUUUUCAAGCUGGUUUGAAGAUUUAUCAGAAUUGUUGAAGUUUGGUCCUGACCAUUUGAGUAGAUUUGAACUUGUUACAUCAAAGGUUACCAAGAAGGAAGAGGAAGCCAAGAAAAAGGCAAGAAGUGAAGGUGAAAAGAAGGGAAGAAGCCCAAGCACUGGAUCAGCUAUGUCAUUGAAUUUGAGUGGUGUCGGUGACACUUCAUUGAGUGGAAUGUACACCCCCAAAAUUGGAACACCUACUUAUGAAUUGGGCAGCAAUAAUUCCAAUAGUGAGCUGUCCAGCAUCAAGGAGAGAAACCCAUUCGAAAGAACUUUUUCUAAUCAGAAGUUGGGUAACAACUAUAGUGGUACCACUGUUACAAGCCCCUCACAAGGAGCCUCCACAAAUGCGAUGAAAUCCAAUAGUUCGACACCAAAUUCUUUAGUUCUGUCGCCAGCAUUUGCUCAAAGAACGGGGUACUCUCCAUCGAACUCACCUGGUGUAGGAGCCGGAGGUUUUUCCCCAUCAUACUACACUACAUCUCCUGGAUCUGCCACUGGAGCUGGAACUGUUGAUUCCAACUCUCAACAUGAGAAUUACUUGAAGAUCCAACAGGAGUUUCUUAGACAACAACAAAAUAUUCUUAAUCAAAAGAUUGAAGAGAAUCAAAUCGAGCAAAAAGUGUGUGCCGACUUAUCUCCAAAUUUGAGCAGGCAAACCUCUUCAACUUCAUUGAACUCAUUCAUGCUUGGGGGUGGUGGGUCCAAUAUAAAUAAUUUUCUUGAUGGAUUCGCACUCCCACCAAGACCCGAGGAAGAAGGUUUGACACCUUUGAGUCAUCAAACUUCCAAGUCCAGCGAAGACCAGGGUGUUCCCAAGGUGUUUGUUAGUUCCAAUCACUAGCGGCUCCCCUAAUUUAUAAAUACU